AUGAACUAUUUAACAAUACUGACAUUAAUUACCAGGACGGAGUAUGAAGCUUAUCUUUGUAUAUACAUCAGCUAUCUUCUUUCAAUCAUGAGUGAUAAUUACAACAAUUGUUUGUAUCUAAUGAUGAAUGUAAUUAAUAUAUACAUGCAGCCUGUAUGGUAAAUGUUUAAAUUGUUUUGUGUUUCAAAAGAUGGACAUGGAAAUACACAAAUAUAACAAGUUCUCGGAGUCAUUUUGGGAAAUCGAUUUUAAUGGGACACUGGGAUUUGAACUGCUGUGCAAGCGCAUUCGAGAUGGUCAAAAAUCAAGCAAAGAUAUCGAAGAUUUCUUCAAGAAAAAAAGCAAAGCGGAAUCUCAGUAUGGAAAAGCCUUGAGGAACCUGGCCAGAAUGGCGGAUGGCAAAGAAGAAUCGGGGGACCUAGGCCUGGGCUGGCAGGAGCUCAAGUCACAAACGGAGCGGGCAGCCCGCUUACAUAAGACCUCCGCUGAAAACCACGCCCUUCUCGCUGAGGAGCUCGCCAGGUUCGCAGACAACAUGAAGACGGAACCGAAACAGCAUGAAGACAGGGUAAAGGACAAACAGAAAAUGAAGCGAACGGCACAUUCUAAAAUGACUGAGUUACAGCGCUCGUACCUAGAGCGAUGCCGCGAGCACAUUCAGUACGAGCUCCAGCACGGCGCCGCAUCCAAAUCCGGAACCGUCAGCUGCAAGGACAUCGAGAAGGUACGCAUCAAAUCAGAAAAAUGCAAAGAGCUCAUGGAAAAAGCAGACGGCCAGUAUCGGGCCGCGGUGGAGGCUUUGGAACAGAUCAGGCGCGCGUGGGAGGCAGACAUGGAGGAAGCGUGCAAGGUGUUUCAGCGUGCGGACGAGGCGCGGAUAUUCCUUGUGCGAGACCUGCUAUGGCGCUGUACCAACCUUGACUCCCAGCUGUGCGUCGACAGGGACCAGUGCUGCGAGAACGUGCGCGAUUCCCUUGAACGUUGUGACGUCACUCACGACGUCUGUGACUUUAUUCAACACUUCAUGACCGGCAAUAUCAGACCGGCUCCGAUCCCAUAUGAGAACUACUUCUCUGACUCGCGGGUGCAGAAUUCGCCUAACACACUGCCGCGGCGCCGGCGACCGAAGGCGUCCCCUAUCGCCACCCCGCCAGCUUCGCCAUUGUGCAGUUCCAACCGAGCAGUCCCUCAACGAACAGACAAUGCAGCAUUUUACUCCGAUUACUCGUAUGCAUACAAGUAAAGGGAAACCCGUCAGUGAAGAUACGACACAUCACAGGAUGUUUUGAACAGCGUAUCAGUUACAUAUGAGUGUUCAGAAUAAAUUUAUGAGUAUGAAUUACAGUAUAUCUGUAUAUCAAUCCUUCCGUGCGUUUCUCUCGUGUCUAUAUGAGGCUAUGCAGUUGAACCACCUAACUUGACAUCAGAUCUGAAGAGUUUCUCCAGUUUAGCUUUGAUAUCAAAAGGUACAACAAUUUCCACCAAGCCUCCAAAUGACGUCGAGUUGACGUGUGAAAGGCGCCGGUGUCUGACGUCGGAUGACUGGCGGUUUACAGUCGGAACCAAACGUUAUAUUUCCAGCACCAAUCUGACGUCGAGGAUUGACCAAUUAUCACCAAUCUUAUUGGCCCACCAUGUAAAGCAAUUGACAUGGAUUUUCAUCGAGUUUUCUAUAUAUCUAUAUAACUGUUUGAAUUUUAUCUUAUUUCAUAACUAGGGGAGGCAGCUACGGGGAACGAUCGAUUUACCACUGAACAAAAUCCCUAAAUAAACGACUAGACAGAUCGACAUAACAUUUUGUCAUCAAAUUCGAAAUUAUCAUCAAGUUUGUCUAAAAUACAUAACCUUAGCUCGAACUGAUCUUCAAUCGAAUAUUUAUGGCGUUGCUCAUACGUCCUCGUCGGCAUGAUACCAGGCAUGGACGGCGGUUGGACGUCGGCAUGAUAUAAGGCAUGGACGGCGGUUGGACGUCGGCAUGAUAUAAGGCAUGGACGGCGGUUGGACGUCGGCAUGAUAUAAGGCAUGGACGGCGGUUGGACGUCGGCAUGAUAUCAGGCAUGGACGGCGGUUGGACGUCGGCAUGAUAUAAGGCAUGGACGGCGGUUGGACGUCGGCAUGAUACCAGGCAUGGAUGGCGGUUGGACGUCGGCAUGAUAUAAGGCAUGGACGGCGGUUGGACGUCGGCAUGAUAUAAGGCAUGGACGGCGGUUGGACGUCGGCAUGAUAUCAGGCAUGGAUGGCGGUUGGACGUCGGAUGUUUGUCGCUUUCCCAUCAUCGGCUUCAUAUCAGAAACAGACGUUAGUAAGACGUCUAUAUUCCGAUCGCCGGCGUCGCGACAAAAAUCUAACGUCAUCCCGACGUCUCACUGACGCCUUGUUUCUGCUGUGCAGAGAUGUGUCACAUACUUCAUUUGCUAUAUUUAAGGCGUAGAAAAAUAAGUUUCCGGUUUUAUGCCCGGAACAAACAUAAUAGGCCGUAGGUCGGAAAAUAUGUAAACAAAUUGGCAAAUUGUUUCUUGAGAUGUUUCUGUUACCAGAAACUAUAAAUCAUAUGCCUAUAAGAACAUCUAUACAAUCAGUAUUAGCAUCACCGGUAUUGUCAAAUUCAAGAACGCUUUUUUCUUUUAAAAACAAAACAAUCAAACAAAUUAUAUAAACAAUAUUUCUCGAGGCGAUAAAAAGGUUAAGUGUCGGCCAAACAAUAGGGAAGGUCGGCAAACCGGAAACACACAUUUUUUUACGCCUAAAUAAAUAAAUGUAUAUAUACAUAUAGACUGUUCAAAUGUUUAAAUGUUAUAGUGACUCAAACAUGUGUGUCAUCGUGAAUGGCUUUCCGAUUACAUUGGUCGAUUUGGCAAGUACAUGUUCAUUAAUGUUACAUUUCAAAACCCACCGUGCAGGCCGUGAAGACUCUUCGUGACAUUUUUUAUUUGAAGUACUGGACAAGUGUCCAUGAAUGUCACUGUGCGAGACCAAGUAUUUAUGCCAUACUUUUGAAUUUUUACAAUAUUUACUGAAAUAUCAA